AUGGGAGCCAGUGAGAGUAAGAUUUCUACGAGGCCCGCUGCCAACACAGAUGUGCCUGUCAAAAACUCCUGGGUUUCCCAGCUAAUUGAUCCACGCUCCCCAUCAGUGGCCAUUAAUCGAACACCCAUUCAGGUUGGCAGAGUUAAAGCGGGCCACGAGGUGAGCGAGUGUCCUUCCGUUGGGGGUGAUCCACGCUCGCCCACUGUGGGCAUUGUUCGCACGCCUAUGAGAGAAGUUAUGAGAGCCAAGGUCGGCACCCUAGCUCGUCGUCUGGGCAUGUUGUUCCACACGGAAGCUGAAGGGAAAGCCCCCCGAGAAGAGCACGGGGACGUCCUCAAGAGCGAGGAGCCGGAUUCUACAGACCCUCUCCUGAGUCCUCAAAGUCUGCGUGCAUUCGACUCUUUAUCUGAAAGUGCCGCCCUCGUGGCCGAUCCGGUCCAAAAUGAGGACUCUGCUCGCAGCCCCUUCGAGCUGUUGGCCGAGCCUCAGAUGGAGGUGGAGAUUGAAACAGAUAACCUUAGCCUGGAGGAGGCGGAAGAGGCACGGGAAUCACCGUUCCACAAGAGGUUGAGCAUGAGCCUCAUCACGUGCCACGAGGGAAUGCCGUACCCCCAGAUCCUUGCCGAGGUGCACCGGGACGCUGAAGUGGAAACUGUACACAACGGCGUGGACCACCUCUACGCUCUUCCCGCCCUUACGGUCAAGCCCACUGGGAACUCCUCGGACCCACCCUCGGAACCCUUAGAGGAAGUGGCAAAGGAGCUUCCGGCCAGGCCACACCGCCUCACCCUCGACGUCAAGAGUCCGAGUCAGGUGGUGUUUAAGCCGCAGUGGCUGGGUAAAGGCUUCGGGGCCACCGGGCUCAGAGCCAGAGCGGUGCAAGGCGCCAAAGGGGGUGCGUCGCCACUCGCCGUGUCUGUGGCAGUUAAGAAUGUCAACAGUGAGAACAAAGUGAAUUCAGGGAAGAAAAAGCAAAAAGAAGGCCGCUCCCCACUCCAGAUUCUGAAGGAGACAAACUCUGCCAGGGGACAGCCUCAGAUGAAGCUGAAGGGUUCCACCCCAGAAAGACCUCGGCUCGGACAGAUGGAACACAGACAUUUGGCAGUGUCUCUGAACAAGGAAAAUUGA